CGUGCGUGGCGGCGGGCCGCGCGAGCCGGGUUCUCUAGCGUGUGGCGCCCCCUGGCGGCAGCGGGGACUCGGUGGGACAGCCGGAGCCGCGUCGCGGCCAUGGACCCGCAGAAAGAGGCGCGAACAGCCCGGGAUCAGGCCGCGCCGCCGCCGGCCUCAGAGUCCCAGGCGCUGCUGAAGGAGGAGGCGCGGCGGGAGGGCGGCGAGGCGCCGGCGGCGGCCCUGGGCGAGGAGGCGGACGCCUGUGCGGACGGGCUGUGGGCGCUGCCGGUGGAGCCGGCGGAGCGGAGGCCGGAGUGCAGCCGGUGCAGCCGGCCUCAGAAAGUGUGUUUAUGUCCGUUUCUACCAAUGCAUCCUCUGCACAUCUCUACCCACUUGUACAUAAUUCAGCAUCCGGCAGAGGAAAGCAAAGUGUUGCGGACAGUUCCUCUACUAGCAGCAUGCCUCCCCCAGGACAAGUGUAAAGUCAAGAUUGGUCGUCGUUUUAGUGAAGAAAGAGAUCCUGAACUUUCAACUGUUUGUCGGAAGUCUGGUACAUUAAUAUUAUAUCCAGGGGCUGAAGCUGCUAAUUUGGAAGAGUUUAUAUUAGAUUCUCCUACUUAUCCUUCCACAAUCAUCAUCAUCGAUGGUACAUGGAGCCAGGCUAAGGAUAUUUUCUAUAAGAAUUCCUUGUUCCGAUUGCCCAAACAGGUGCAGUUAAAAACUAGCAUUUCUAGUCAGUACGUAAUUCGGGCACAACCAACCAAUAGGUGCCUGUCUACACUGGAGUGUGCAGCUGUUGCUCUUUCCAUCUUAGAGAAAAACAAUCACAUACAAGAGACUUUGCUUCGCCCUCUUCGAGCUUUAUGCUCUUUCCAGCUUCAGCAUGGUGCUCAAAUUCGCCUCAGCAAGGAACACCUUCUGAAAAAUGGAUUAUAUCCUAAGCCGAUGCCAAAGAACAAACGCAAACUCAGGAAGAUGGAACUGUUAAUGAACAGUGUUAAAAUUUAGCACAAAUGGUCUUAUGAUGCUUUUUAUGGGGUCUUCAGUUGACAAUACCAUCUUAAGUUUUCAUACAACAUAAGUCUGUGGGGUUUUUGGUUGUUUAAAGAAUGAGGGUUGCAUACUAAAAUUGUCCAGAAGAAGGACAUAAAUCAAAUAGCUAUGAAAGUAAAUAGACAAGUAAAAUUAAACUGACUCAGUAAAAAGCAAGACUCUGUGCUGUAUUUGCUUUUAAAAACGUGACUCUAAUACAUUUUUUCAAGUUCAUAAUUGAAAUGGGAUUAGUUGUUAAGCUGGGUUAGAAGUGCUUUUUUAAAAUGGAAGGAAAUCCUUGUGCCUGAUUGGGACAGUAAUGUUUCCAUUACUGUUUUAUAGAUAAUUAGUUAUAGACAUGUAAUAAAUGACACCUCCAUCAAUUUGCAAUAGUAUACAUGGACUUUAUAGUUUAAAAUAAAUAUAAAAAAUACCAAUGAUAAUCAAGUAGUUUAGAUUGAACUUAUUUAUUUCAUAAAAUAGUAUAAAGAAUAAGGAAACUAAGUAUUUUUAGGGAUUAAACUUGAACUCAGUUAAUGUGAUUAAAUGUUCUAUUAAUGCCCAUAAAUUUUUUUUAUUAUGGUAUAAUUGACAUAAUACUAGUUUUAGGUGUAAAACAUAAUGAUUUGAUAUUUGCAUAUUGUAAAAUGGUCACUAUAAUACAUCUUGUUAAUGUUCAUCACCAUACAUAGUUUUUUCUUGUAAUGAGAACUAAGUUUUACUUUCUUUUAAAAAAAAUAUUUUAAUUGA